AUGUCACCAUCACGGCACUUCCUCCCGCAGGUUGUGGCAUCGCCAAUUCUGACACCACUGAAGGAGGAGAGCGAACUUGAGGACAUUGACCGAUUGAAUUUGGACGAUUUUUACGGUGAAGGACGCUAUCCACUGAGGAAGCCCAAGCCGCUUCCGUUUUACGUGAACACACCUGGUCAUAAGGACGCGGAAUGGCGAAAGCAUCCCUUCCGGAAUCACGAAGAGGUGAUGAUCCGCCUACUAGCCGAUGGAGUUGUGCCACGAUGGACACGUGACGCAAGGCGGAAGUGGGCAGAAGAGCGCCACGAGAAGGCUUUAACUGGUGUAGUGCAACUGCCGUCGGGUAUUGGGCUGUCGGAGGUCAUAUCGAAAGCCGAGUAG